AGUUGACCAGGCUAUUUCGGUCUUUUUGCUUUGACAUUGCAUGUUGUCUCAGUGGGCUGACGCGUGGCAAUUCCUCUUUCUUUGUCAGUGUUCUGCAGCUUACUCUUUUUCUUUCUUUCCUGCUUUCUUUUCCCAUUAGCUAAGUCUUUCUUCCUUUUUGUUUUUCCUUUUUUUUCUUAGUAAAUUAAUUGUUGAUUUUUUAAUGUGUGGGUGUUGCAGCGGCUGUGUCAAUGGCUUAAUUUCAAGGAGUUGGUGGUGGUGUAGUUGCGCGAUUUCGAGGAGUUAAUGGUGGUGUUGUUGCGCGAAUUCGCGGAGCUGAUGGUGGUGUAUAUGCCCAAUUUGAAGGACCUGGUGGUGGUAUUUUUUUGGAUCUGGUUGUUUUGUGCUAUGAGGGAAAAAAAUAAUAAUUGUAGGUGUAUGCACUUGGAGCUGGCUGUGCUGGUAAAAUUAAUUGCAGCUACUGGUGCUGAUGCACCUAUUAAUUUUAAGAGACCAUCAUUUCAAGGUCGAAAAUCAAAGCGAAUGAGUGCUUUGGUAUCAACUCAUAAUUCUACUAGUCAAGCAGAACAACCAAGAUCGAAAAAGCCUAAAUCAAGACCUUCGAAAUAUAUUGUACUUGAAAAGAGGCCUUCGACUCACAGAUCUACACCAACAAAUGGCCAAAGUUCAAAACAGCUAAGGGAUGCAGCUAAAAAUCAAAGAGUAUAUAAUGCUCCCACUUCAGAUGAAGUUGCUGUUAUCUGGCCUGAUAGUGUUUCGUCAAGUCAGAGUUCAUGGCCACAUGUUCUUGUAACAACAAAGUCUUCAAAGUCUCAUCGGAUUUCUCAUUUUUAUGGGUGCUAUGAUCCUUUGCAGUAUCUCUUGCUAUUCCCAAGAGGUGAAUGUGGUUGGCAUCAGGGUUUAAAGAAAACUUCUUAUGGUGGAGGCAGACAAGUGGCAACUGAACCUGAUCCGAUACAGUCCUGCGCAGUGCACACUCCGGCAAAUUUUCUAGAUGCAGAAGCUGCUCAAGCUUCUGGAAAACAUACCAAAGCUGAUAAGAAUAUCUCUGCAAGGGAGUACUAUUGUUAUAAGCUUCAAAUUAGACCAGUAAACAUGUUGUUAAGAGCAGGCCGUGCAUUUUUGCAGUAUAUCACAGACAUGUAUAUCAAAGUUGAAAACACAAGGUUAGAUUUUUUUCGGCAAAAUCAGGAUACAAUAAGAGCGGAUCUUUAUAAAUGGAUUCUAGACACUGUAGAGAGUGGCCAGACAAGUGCAGCUAAUGUUGGUCAUAAGUUCAUUUUGCCACCAUCAUUUAUAGGAGGCCCUCGUGAUAUGAAAAGGAGAUAUCUGAAUGCAAUGGCUCUUAUGCAGAAAUACGGGAAACCUGAUCUCUUUGUCACUAUGACCUGCAAUGAAAAUUGGCCAGAGAUAAAAGAUGAGCUAGAGCCUGGUGAGACCGCACAAGACCGGCCAGACUUAGUUGCUCGUAUAUUUCGAGCAAAGUUGAUUGCUCUGAAAAACAAAAUAAAAAAAGAUGAAGUAUUUGGUAAAGUGGCAGCAAUGAUAUAUGUCAUAGAGUUUCAGAAAAGAGGAUUGCCACAUGCUCAUUUCCUAUUGAUUCUAGAGCAACAGCAUAAGAUGAAGUGUCCUGCUGAUUAUGAUAAAUAUGUCUGUGCAAAAAUACCUCCUGUUACUCAGCCUGAGCUGCGUAAAAUUGUGUUAAGGCAUAUGAUGCAUGGACCAUGUGGCCGCUUAAAUCCAGAGUGCCCUUGUAUGAGAAAGAAGGCUAAUGUUAUUUCUUGUAAAAAUGGGUAUCCAAAACAAUUCACCGUACAAACAACAACAAAUAAAGAUGGCUAUCCUUACUAUAAGAGAACUGAUACUGGAGAACAAUUGAAAGUCAGAAAUGCUCAGUUAGAUAACCGAUGGGUUGUCCCUUAUAACCCCUAUCUCACAGCACUAUUUUAUUAUCAUUUGAACGUAGAAGUUUGUUCAACUAUUAAAGUAGUGAAAUAUUUAUAUAAGUAUGUUUACAAGGGACACGAUCGAGUGGCCUUCAAUAUUCUGGCUGAAGAUAAAAAUUGUAACGAUGAAAUUGCUCAGUUUCAGUCGGGGAGGUGGUGUCGCCAUGUGAGGCAGCUUGGAGAAUUUUUGGAUUUGAUUUAUUUGAGAUGCAUCCACCAGUAUUACCUUUGUCAGUUCAUAUUCCAGACAUGA